CCCAACCUUCUUAACCCAUGGUUAAAUUAACUCAAUUUUUACGUACAAAUAUAUAUAUAUAUAUAUGUAUCUAUAUAUGGUAGAAAACAGAAUAGAAAUAAAGAAUAAAUAAAUCACACGUGUGGGGACUGCUGCAAAUUAGUCAGAAUAAAACCCACAAACACACACUCACACAGCAGAACACCCUGAAAGAGAGAAGAAGUCCGGACGGACCUCACCUCAUCCCAGAAGAAAAGAAAACCACCACAAUCCUCCAACUCCCCCCCCUUCUCUCACUCUCUCUCUCUGCCAUUUUUGUCUUUCUGUUUCAUUUUGUGUAAGUUUACAGCAGAAAAAAACAUCUCAAAAAGAGAAUCUGCAGUUCCCCUGUUUGAGUCUAACUAGUCCUUUUUUUUUACCACCUUCCUCUGCAAAUUUUGUCCCACCUUUUCUUUCUUCCUUCUUCUUCCUCUUCAGCACAUAUAAACAAAAUUUCAAACUCCCCAAGCUAGCCCACCAAAAAUUUGGAUUGAACUCGAAGAACUAAACAUCAAUCAGGGAUGCGGGGAAGAUUUAUAGAGCCAUUGGAUAAUACUGGGUUACAGAUCCCUUACCAUUUCCGUUGUCCGAUCUCGCUUGAGCUGAUGCGAGACCCUGUCACCGUUUGUACUGGUCAGACUUACGACCGUUCCAGCAUAGAAUCCUGGGUUGCCACCGGCAAUACUACUUGUCCGGUCACCCGGGUCCCCCUCACCGACUUCACCCUCAUUCCCAACCACACUCUCCGGCGGCUCAUCCAGGAGUGGUGCGUCGCGAACCGGUCGUUUGGGGUGGAGAGGAUUCCGACCCCCAAACAGCCGGCCGACCCGGGAGUUGUCCGGUCUUUGCUCAACCAGGCUUCUUCCAAUUCCAAUCACUUGAAUUCCAGGCUGUCCGCUCUGAAGCGACUCAGGGGACUCGCUCGUGAUUCCGACAAGAAUCGCGCCUUGAUUUCCUCUAUUGCCAGCGUGGCUGAGGUUUUCGUUCCGAUUGUGUUCUGCAACGGCGGCGGUUCGAUUUCCGAUGAGUUGAUUCACGAGGCGCUCGCCGUUUUAGCCAUGUUUCCCCUCUCCGAAGCCCAGUGCGUUUUUGUGGCUUCCGAUUCCGACCGGGUCGGUUAUCUGGUAUCUCUGCUUUCCCAUUCCUCGAUUGAUGUGAGGGUUAACGCCGCGGCGUUGAUUGAGAUGGUUGUGGCGGGAACCAGAUCACCGGAGCUCCGAUCACAGUUCAGCAAUGCCGACGGGAUAUUCGAAGGUAUCAUCGGGAUUCUCAAUUUCCCGUUGGCUUAUCCCAGAGCCUUGAAGGUUGGGGUUAAGGCUCUGUUCGCCUUGUGCCUAGUGAAGCAGCACCGCCACCGGGCGGUGGCCGCCGGGGCCGUUGACGCCUUGGUGGACAGGCUGGCGGAUUUCGAGAAGUGCGACGCGGAGAGGGCGCUGGCGACGGUGGAGCUCCUCUGCCGGAUAACGUCGGGAUGCCACGCGUUCGCGUCGCACGCGCUGACGGUGCCGCUCCUGGUGAAGAUCAUACUGAAGAUAUCGGACCGGGCGACCGAGUACGCCGCCGGGGCGUUGCUGUCGCUUUGCUCGGCGUACGAGCACGCGCAGCGUGAGGCGGUGGCCGCCGGGGUGUUGACCCAAUUGUUGUUACUGGUUCAGAGUGAUUGUACGGAUCGGGCCAAGAGAAAAGCCCAAAUGCUGCUGAAAUUGCUUCGUGAUUCCUGGCCUGGGGACUCCAUUGCAAAUUCCGACGAUUUCGCUUGUACUACCGACGUCGUUCCGUUUUGAUUAAAAACGAUUAUGCUUGUUAGUAGUACUAUUUUUUGCCAUAAAAAAAAAAAAAAAAAGAGUUGGUAGUAGUAGCAGUAGUGUUUAUUAGGAAAGAAAUUGUAAAAUUCUGGAAAGAAGAAAAAGGCGAAAAAAAAAGAAGGGAAAACCCCGGGGCAUGUUUGAAAUAUGAGGUUAUUAUUGGGUACAUAGAGGAUGUGUAUGUAAUUUUUUUUUCCAUUCCUCUGUAUGUAAGAAUUUUUGGCUGAAAUGUUGUUAUUCCUCAAGAAAAUGUCCAAUUUGUAUUUGUUAAUUUUUUUUAGAUAUAUAACACUCCGGGUGUCUAAAGUCGUUGUUUCGACUAAUUCGGAUUCGAGUCGAAUAAAUCUUUUUCGAGAGUCAAAUCUCUCCCAACAAGUAGUAUUGCUUGAAAUGUUAGUUGUAGUGCGAAAUCACCAUUCCAGUAAUCUGAAUAGAGCAGAAUGAGUAUCGUUUGAUUUCACUGAGUUGUUUAAAGUUGUACAUUAGGAUAUUGGAGAAAGUUCGUUUUAGAAAGAGUCAGUUGAGAAAGGGAGACUCAAGAAAUUGUCCCAAAGUGAUAAUAUGGUAGGAAGCAAGAUGGGCAGGAGGAAUUGGAUGACAAUGACCAGAGCAUCUCCUAAUGGCC